AUGGACCGGGACAUGGUCCUUGGCGGCAGCCUAAGCUCGGAUGCCACCAUGGCCCCAGCUGGUAGUGCAGGUCACUUGAUUGGCAUGGACCCAAAGGCAGCGUGGCAGUGCAUGUCACUCAGGUCUGUAUGGGCCCAGCAGCAGCACAGCCCUCGAGCACCAAGAAGGCCACAGGUGAAGGCCCAGAUCCUGGGCAUCAGCGUGGCCUUUGGUGGCAACAUGGGCCACGGACAUCAGCACAGACUCAGGCUGAGCUGUGACACAAAUGAAGAGUCUCUACCAUCCAAUGAUGAAAGCAGUGGAAGCACAUCCCUGUACGAACCGAAUUCCUCAAAUGAAUUCAUGAAAGAAAGCACACUCUCGAGUGAACUGAAGACCGUAUGCUCCACUGUGUCCACCAGUGCGCUCAUUGCCUCAUCUGAUGCAACGUCAGAAAUCAAUGAAGAAAACAUUGACAAAUACAAAUUAGACCAGGUCUCCAAGUUCUGUGAUGAUGAUGAAGGUAUUGAUAUUCACAAUUCAUAUUGCACCACGAUCACAAAAAUGGUGCAUUACCUGGUGUCAUCAGUCACCUUCAGAAUAUUUGGAAUUCUGCUGAUCUUUCUGGACAUAUUUCUUAUGGCUAUAGAUCUGCAUCUCUACAACAGCAAUUUUUAUAUUCCUUUGGGAUGCCGCUCACUUUCUUUAGCUAUUGCUUUGUUCUUCCUCGUGGAUGUUCUCCUUCGAGUGUACGUAGAAGGGAAACAGAAUUAUUUUUCUGAUUUACUGAACACCCUAGACGCCGUCGUUAUUGGUGUGACCCUGCUCAUUGCGCUCACUUACAUACUUUAUGACAAGAAGUUUCUUAGAGAUAUCCCAAGAUUGGCGGUUUUAUUUCGACCUCUGCGACUUCUUAUUCUGAUAAGAAUUUUGCAGCUGGCUCACCAAAAAAGGCACCUUGAAAAGCUGACUAGGCAGCUGGUUUCCAAAAACAAAAGACGGUUCAAGAAGGAUGGGUUUGACCUGGACCUCACUUACGUUACUGAUCGUAUUAUUGCCAUGUCUUUUCCAUCAUCUGGAGGACAGUCCUUCUACAGAAAUCCAAUUGAGGAGGUUGUGCGGUUCCUUGACUCCAAGCAUCCAGACCACUAUCAAGUCUACAAUCUAUGCAGUGAGAGUGCUUAUGACCCUAAGAACUUCCACUACAGGGUCCGCAGAAUCAUGGUUGAUGAUCAUAAUGUCCCCACUCUUGAGGAAAUGUUGUUGUUCUCCAAAGAAGUAAAUGAUUGGAUGGCUCAACAUCCUGAAAACAUUGUGGCGAUUCACUGUAUGGGAGGAAAAGGAAGAACGGGAACAAUGGUUUGUGCCUGCCUCAUUGCCGGUGAAAUAGUUUUAAAUGCAAAGGAAAGUCUUUACAUUUUUGGGAAGAGGCGAACAGAUAAAACCAGCAGCUCUAAGUUCCAAGGAAUCGAGACCCCUUCUCAGAAUAGAUAUGUUAAAUAUUUUGAAAAACUGAAAGUCAGGUACCAAAGCAGGCUCCCUCCAAGAACACUACUCGUGAUAAAAAGAUUCAUUAUUUAUUCCAUUCAUGGUGUUGGAAAAGGUGAUGGAAGCGAUCUAGAAAUUCAAAUAAUAAUGUGGCAGGAGACUAUAUUUUCCUGUUUUUCUUCCAAAAAUUGUAUGAUAUUUCAUGACGUUGAAACAGACAGAGUAAUAAUUGACGUAUACAAAUGUCCAGCUCUAUAUGAGGAUGUGAAAGUGAAAUUUCUCUGUCCGAAUCUUCCCAAAUACUAUGAUGACUGCCCCUUUUUCUUUUGGUUUCAUACAGCUUUUAUACGAAAAAACAGGCUUUAUCUACCAAGAAAUGAAUUGGAUAAUCCCCAUAAAUCAAAAACGUGGAAUAUUUACAGUUCAAAUUUUGCAGUAGAGGUGUAUUUUGAAGAGAUAUAGCCUGAGGUUGUAGAGCAGCUGUUGAAGAAGUGCUAGUCCUAUUCUUGGAUAGAAUCAUGUUCUUCCCAAUCGAAGCUACAUAUUUAUGUCUUCUAACCUAUGUCUUUGAUGGCAUGUCUGCAUUAUAUAUAUGUGUGUGUACAUAUGUUUCUGAGAAAUAUAUUAAAUGUAUACAGGAAAAAUGAUAUCAGUGGUCUUUUUUUUUUUCCUUUGAAGGCAUAUACAAUAUGGACUUUUUGAGAGAGGGUCUCACUAUAUAGCCCUUGCUGGCCUGGAAUUUACUGUGUAGGCUAGAUGUGAACUCACAGAAUUCCACCUGCCUCUGCCUGAAGGCAUGUAUCACUGUGCCUGGCUCUCUUUGUACUAUUUGGAACAUACUGUACAUAGGAGUAUUAGGUACUAUUUUGAAGAACUUUAAAGCAACCAAUCUUUCAUGCCAAUGUUAGGGACAUUAAGUAUCAUUUUGAAGAACCUUGAAAUAACAGAUCUUUCCUGUUUAAAAAAAAAAAGAGCUAUAUAGAAAUUGGGUGUGUUCCCACAACACACACAUACUUACAUGUUUCUGAGCAUGUAUUUAUUCUCUGAUUUACGUUUGUAAUUUGCCUCUACUUGAUUCAUAGAUUGAUCAGAUACAUCAGACUGGCAGCAAUGUCAACGUUUGGUGCUUUAUUUGGGCAUAUAUUUUACCUGCAUACUUGUGUCUAUGUGUGCCUGUGCAUGGGUGUGCAUGCGCCAUAGCGUACACGUAGCCAUCAGAGGACAGCUUGCGUGAGACUCUUCUCUCCUUUCAUCCUAUGGGCUCUGGGAAUCAAACUGAGGUCUUCCGCCUUGACAGCAAGCACCGUCACUGAGCCAUCUCCCCAGCCCAGCAAAACUGAAGUAUUUAAAGCCAGAGGAGAAAAAAAAAAAACCCAAAAACCUAGUCCCUCACUGAUAGCUCACACUUGCCUUUCUCUAGGCAAUGCACAAGUAGCUUACAUGACAAGCCCUCUUUACGCACAUAGGAAGGAUAAAAGGAUUCGGGUAAACACGAAGAGCAACGACCUUAGUGGCGGCUGCUUUUCUCUAACAUUCGGUGACGUUGAAGGAAACAGUGACGUAGAUGUGUUAGGUCGUUGUCCCUGCCGUCCUAAACUGAUUAACUCUGAGCAAUGUUGCCUUUAAGCACUGGCUAGCCUUGUGUCCACUCAGACUCAUUUUCUGUUUGGUUUCAAGUGCUGCUGCAUUCUAAGUUCCUUUGUGGCCACAGUAUCUUAAAGCCAGGAUGAGUCCUUGAAAAGAAUGUCAUUUUUGGCGUCACUGAAAUAAAUUUUAUUUGGAUUUUCCUUUUAAUGGCAAGGAUGUCAACAAUCCAGGCCAAGAUAAAUUCAUCACGAAAUUAAAGGUAGCAACUAGUAAAACUCUCUGUCUGCUGUCACGACAGGCCACCUUCUAAGAAAUGUCAAUAGAUGACUGCACUAUGCAGACUAUAGAGUGAGUCUGCAUGAAGACAGCUACAGCAUCACUGAACAAUAUCAUCUUACAGGACCACAUCAUAUGCACAGCCUUCAUUGGCAGAAAAAUCACUAUGCAGGGCAUGGCUAUGUGACUCCCGAAAAACCCUGCGUUCUGUAGAGAUCACUCUAAAAACAACAGUUCACGAAAAUAAGAGGGGUUUGGGGCAGAACACAGCAAUCGAGCAACUUUGCACAGUCAGUAUUUCAACCACUGCGGCCACUCACUGGGUUCGCAGCUCCAAAGUCUAGAAGGUGAAACUGUGCAUUUUGUUCCGAAGUGAAAAUAGAACACAUAAAGGCUGUGGUUGCCUCAGAUGUGACUGAAGCUCCGAGUUUCUCUGGGAAUGAGCAGCAACCCGCACAGAGCUGGGAGGUGGCUUUUUAACCACCUCUUUCUUGCCAUCCUUUAAAAAUCCCCCAAAGGGCUCCAGCCCUGUCUUCCCCUAACCUGGUUCCUCUCCAUAUAUUACUGCUACGAUCUCCCGUAGCUCCAGUUAUGGAAACGCGUGCCGGGGCAGGACAGGCUGCAUGCUAUUUCAUUUCAUUUGCAGCAGCAAGGAUCCAUCCAC